AUGACUGCGACCAACGGUUUUCCCAUCCCUGGGCCCCUGCAUUUCACUGCUUGGCUGGAUAAAAAUGCCGCCAGUCUUCAGCCGCCCGUGAACAACAAAUGCCUGUAUUCCGGUGACGACUUUAUACUGAUGGCAGUCGGCGGCCCAAACACGAGGAACGACUAUCAUAUCAACCAAACAGAGGAAUGGUUUUACCAGAUUAAAGGCGACAUGCUUCUCAAAAUAGUGGAAAAUGGUCAUCAAUUCCGGGACAUCGCCAUCAAAGAGGGCGAGAUGUUUCUCUUGCCAGGCAACGUACCACACUCUCCCCGCCGCCAGAGAAAUACAAUCGGCCUGGUUAUGGAAAGGAACCGCCCCGCAGGAAGCAUCGAUCGCCUACGGUGGUACUGCGAGAACGAAAAGGAACAUGGUAAAAUACCUACCAUUAUCCGUGAAGAGAAAUUCUACUGUGAGAAUAUGGAAACGCAGCUCAAAGACGUAAUUGAGGAUUGGAUGAGAAACGAGAGAAGUCGUGAGUGCAAGUCAUGCGGCAGUAUUGCCGCAGCACAAUAA